UGCUGGGAGGGCUGGUGAUGAUGAGGGGGAGGACACCGGGAAUUCGCAGCCCGGAACGGUAGAUGGUGAGGGGGAAAAACCGGCCAGCUCGGGGAUCUGCGGCGGGAAGGUGGCCGGUUACGGACCGGACUCGACCAGACCCAACCGGGACCGGACUGGAUUGGACGAGUGCCAGGAACGCACUAGGACGGGGACCUCUCUGAAUCCGAACCAAACAGGGGCCCAGAUCGGAACCGGACCCGGACCUGAAGGAUCCGGACCAAACCUGACGCGACCGGACUACCCUCGCCCACUCUAGACUGGACCUGAAGGAUCCGGACCAAACCUGACCAGACCGGACUACCCUCGCCCACUCUAGACUAGACCGGACCCGAACCAAAGACCAGACCGGACCGGACCACCACACCGGGGCGGCGACCACAGACCGGCAGCGGCGCCAUGCUCUCCUCGGCGCUGCAGAUCCUGGCCUUCGCCCUGGCCCUGCUGGGCGUGCUCGGCGCCACGGUGGCCACGCUGUCGCCCAACUGGAAGGUGAGCGCCGACGUGGGCGCCAACAUCAUGACGGCCGUGUCCCAGAUGCAGGGCCUGUGGAUGGACUGCACCUGGUACACCACCGGGGUGUUCAGCUGCUCCCUGAAGCACUCGGUGCUGGCGCUGCCGGCCCACCUGCAGGCGGCGCGCACCUCCAUGGUGCUGAGCUGUAUGGCGGGCUCCCUGGGCCUCUGCCUGGCCGCCCUGGGCCUCAAGUGCACCCGCUGGGGGGGCGGGCGGCGGGCCAAGGCCCACACGGCCGUGGCGGCCGGCGGCUGCUUCGUGUUUGCGGGCGUCCUCUGCCUGGUUCCCGCCUCCUGGUUCACCAGCGAGGUCAUCACCGCCUUCCUGGACGCCAGCGUGCCCGACAGCGGGAAGUACGAGCCCGGCGGCGCCGUCUACGUCACCUUCAUCUCGGCCGGGUUCCUGCUGGCGGCCGGCGUGCUGUUCUGCAUGUCGUGCCCCGGGAGCGGGUCGUCGACGCACCACGACGACGGCUACACCGCCACCUCCGCCGCCUCCUUCUGCGCCACCUCCUCCUCCGCCGCCUCCGCCGCCGCCGCCAUCGACCCGGAGAAACUGAGGCAGCGGGAGAAGGAGGAGCAGGAGAGGGAGGAGAAGAAGAAGAAGGAGAGGGAGGAGGAGGAGGAGAGGAAGAGGAGGGAGGAGGAGAAGAAGAGGAAGGAGGAGGAGGAGGCGGAGGAGGAGAGACGCAGGGUCCAGCAGCAGGAGCAGGAGAAGAAGAAGAAGAAGAAGGCGGCGGAGGAGUCGACUCCUCGGGAGAGGGAGAGGCAGUACUACUCCCCGUCCCGCGCCCCACCGUCCUCCAACCUUAAGGGUCGCUACAGCCUGCAGGACUACGUCUGAACCCCCGCCGAACCCCUACUCUGCCUGAUGCACAUGGAGCUAGCCCUGACCAGACCCUGCUUGGCUGCCUGGGUUUUGUGGCUGCUUUCUGCCUUUCUGCAUUGAGGA